AUGUGGUCGACGCUGCCGAAGGCGGUCAAGGCGAAGCACGGCUUUGAGGGCUGCAUCGCCUCGCUCGACUUCAACGGCGCCACCUUUAAUCUGGUCGGCGAGAAUGUCAACAACAACGGUGGUGGUGGUGGUGGUGGUGGUGGUGGGAACAGUGGCGGUGGCAGCAGUUCAAGCGCCGAAGUGCCGCUCAUUCCGAGCACUCUGGUGGAGGCGGGCUGCUCGGCGCCGGUGACCCGGUGCAGCAGCACCGCCUGCGCCAACCGGGGCAUCUGCGUGCAGCUGUGGAACAGCUACCAGUGCGACUGUGAUCUGACCAGCUACCAGGGACCGACCUGUGCUGACGAGAGCACCGCCUACCAGUUUGGCCCCAGCCCAGGGCUGAUCAGCUUCACCUUUGACGAGGCGAAUCGACCGGACACGCGCAACGACCUCCUCGCGCUCGGUUUUCUCACCUCGGCGAAGAACGGCGCCCUGGUGCGCGUCGACUCGGGCACGACGGCCGACUACCUGCAGCUGGAGCUGCUGGACGGCCACGUCCUGGCGGUGUACAAUCUCGGCACGGAGGACAUUGACAUUGGCGAGCUGGGCAUUCCG